AUGCCAAUUGCAAACGUGACACGUAUCAUGCGUCGGGUCCUUCCCGACCAUGCCAAGAUCGCCGACGAUGCCAAGGAGACGAUCCAGGAGUGUGUCUCCGAGUUCAUAGGCUUUGUCACCAGCGAGGCCAACCAGCGCUGCCACCGCGAGUACCGCAAGACGGUCACUCCCGACGAUGUCCUCUCUGCCAUGGCCACACUCGGCUUCUCCACCUACGUGCAGCCCCUCUCCGUUUUCCUUGACAGGCACCGUGGAGUCCACAGCCAGUCACCGGCGCAUCAUGCACAUACAUUUCAAGGUUACGUGCCUUCCAGGGUGGACCGUAGUAGUUAUGGGUUGUUUGGCCCACCAGAGAUGGGUGGUUACUUUAUGGGAAAUAAAGGUGGCGAAGAAGGCUCUUCAGACCCUUUUGUGCACCAGUAUAAGUAG